GACACAAAUAAAACAUUGCCAGACUCCAGUCUAGAAUUCCAGUUUAAAGAUAUACAAAUAUAAAUUUAUGAAAAUGGCGAAAAUGUGGCAACUCGUGCUGAUCCUGCCCCAACUGCUGCUGCUGAUGCUCCUGAGCAGCGAACUUUACGCGGCGGAUCCAGAACUGGAGCACAGGCAAUCUCUGGCCAACAGGCUGAGCCUGGGCAUGGCCAAGCAGCUGUAUGCGGACCGCGAUAACAGAAACGUUAACAGAAACGAUAACAGAAACGUUAACAGAAACGAUAACGAUAACGAGGACGAUGACGAUUACUACACCGAUAUCGAUAACGAUAACGAUAACGCACACAAUCGCGACUAUUUCCGCAGCGAUAUCAAUUUGAUCGAUUAUGAAACGCCCAGGCCCAGCAACUGGCCGAGAUUCCCAUCAUCGCGCUCAGCUUCCACGACAGCCACGCCCACGCACAGAGUGCGCGUGCCGCGCCAUCCCCAUGCCCAUGCCCAUUCCCGCUGCUUGGACUGCGAUAAUCACUUGGAUGCCGGCGCCGCCUCUGAUGAGGCGAACUAUCAAUCGGAUCAGGUGCCGGGCGUGCUGACCGCCCAGAAACAGAAGGAAGUGGGCAGCCCAGAAAGUGUGCACAACAGUCAGCUGCAAUACAUGCAGAAGAACGAAGAGAGGCUGAGACGCUUGGCUUCGAAGAAUUUGGAAAGCAUCGCGAACGAACCGCUCUGCAAAUUGCCGCAGCCGCGCAUCAUCAGGAUGGACAUCGAGACGUCGAAGACAUAUCGGCCGCAUGUCGCGGUGCUGCAUCGUUGCGAUGAGAACAGCAGCUGCUGCCCCACCAAGACGGUGUGGACGGCCAAGAACACAACGAUCGUCGAGAAGGUCUUCUGGGUGCGCUCCGUGGGCAUUCCGAACUCGCAUCCGAGGAUAAUAUCGCUGACUAACCACACCGAAUGCCAUUGCAUCAGUCAGGCCGCACAGCGGCGCAAGCGCAGUUCCCAGUGCCAGUGUCCCAAGCACUUCAUCAACUUUGGCGUCCAACAGGGCGGCGCCCCAAGCAGCUGCCGCUGCGACUGCCACCUGAGCCACACGACCUGCCAACGCAUGAAGAACGGCGACGAGGGAUUCGCCGUCUCCGAGCUCAGAUGCAUCCGCAGCAACGCGUGCAGUCCGCCCGUCUGCAACUACGGCCUCUUCAACACAACAAUUGGACGCUGUCCGCGCCAGCUGGGCUUCGGCUAAGCCACGCCCCGUUGGCAGCUGCUGUCCUUCAGUCCAGCAAACCAGAACUGUGUAUACAUUUAACUAUUACCACGUACAUACAUAUACUACAUAUACUUACCUAAAUGCACAACAAACACAAGCAUCAUCCAUAGUCGGCAGUUCAUGCAACCAGAAGUAAUACAAAUCUCAUAAAAUGCAUGGCACAAGGUGCUCCGAUUCCGGUUUCCACAUUCAAUAUCUUUCCAAAACUUUUGAAAACCUGCGACAAGAUAAGAAAAAGUUAAACAAAAUUAAAUUGCUUGCGAACAAGUGAGAAAAGUUUUAAGCUUAAGUAAAAUAUUUUUCGAAAUAGAGAAACUUUUUUUAAGGAGAAUAUUUUUUAAAAAAGAGAAAUGUUUAUUGGGAAUGUACCUUUCAUCUAAAGUCAAGUUAACUCCGGUUCACGGUUCAAUUUAGUUAUUAUUUUCCAAAACUUUUGAAAAUCUGCCA